AUGCAGAGGAUGCAAAAAGCAAUGUAUGAAUUGCGUCGUUGUAUCCGAGACCCAGAGAAGGACGUGGAGAAGGGCUUGGAGGAAGUACAGAAGGAAGUAGGGGAAGGCCUGGAGUCACUCUUGGACGAAGCUCUACAGUCCAAAUGGCCCGAAGACGGGCAGAACGUACUCCUGUACGCCGCGGCCCAGGGGAACCAGACCUGGCUCCUUGGCCUGGUAGACCUCAUACGAUCACGGGUGGGAAUCCAUGCGCUCGUCAAGGAGUUACGCGAAACCGACAUCGACGGUGUUCCGCUUCUGUUCCACGCGGCUUCGAGCCGUCGCAAGCAUUGUUGCUUUCGAAUUGCGUACGACCUCGUCUUUACGGUGCUCGGCAAGGGCGGGGUCAUAGAGCAGUUCGAGGCUUUGGACGGACUGGGCAGAGGGAUACUCAUGCACGCGGCGCGGAGCAACCAUGUCGACACCUUCAAGGACGUGUUCGACAAGUGCAGGAAGGCUGCCGAAUCCGUACGACUACACGACCAGUCGAAUGCCGUCGCCAAUGAUGGCCGAAUAGAAAUUCCUGAGGUCCCACUUUAUGGUUUUCGUGGAGAACGACCAUCUGACAGCACAACGCAAACGCCGGAGAAGAGUUCGAACUCUCUUUUGUUGCGUGAGGUGUUGGGGACGGUCGACCGCAAGGGUAUGACCUGCCUUCACCAUGCCGCGGAAGCGGGCUCUAGCGAAGUGCUGUGUGAGGUGGUGAAGGAGUGUGGUUCGCAUUGGGCGGAUUUGGGUGCAUCGGACAGGAGCGGACGCACCCCGAUCAUGCUCGUGCUCAGAAAUGCUUUUUGCUGCGAAGGCGAGGAGCACACGUGCAGACAAACCGACCUGGAAGACAAGUUCGGCAUUUUGUUCGACGAAAUACCGUUGGAGCCUAUACGGGCCACAGGAGGGCACCGCUACAUAGGGUGGAUGCAGCCGUCGCGCAUUCAACCUCAGCGCCUACCAGCACCAAAGCAGACACCCGUUGAGACCCGGGCGGUGACGGAGCUGAUUCAUGCUGCACGAGGCGGCGUGGUGUCGUUAGAGCUAGCCCUGAACAAGGCUCUGCCUAACUCCAAGACCGAUUCUGAGGAUGGUUUCAAGGUACACCUCGACAGCGCACUUGCGGUCGAAGUGUGCAUCGACGGCAGUUGGAGGCAAUCGCAAGACGACCACCACCGUACUGUAAUCUGGGGAAGGGCCUUACUACUGGCAGCGGCUGCGAGGCUCGGCGAUGUUGACGUGCUUUAUCAUGUCUUGGUUGCCAUCGAGGACGACGAGUUCUUCCUCGAGGCCGAUGACGCGGGGAAAUUCAGGCUUCCCGAAAGGCCGAUACCGGUGGAUGAGACGCCGACGGCAAUCCCAGUAAGCAAUAAAUUGCGGGAAGUGCUGGGGAUGAUCAACAGCCGGAAUGUGUCCCUCUUCUCGUUGGCGAUCUUGUCCAGACGCCACGAGGCCGUGGAGCUCAUCUUCGACCUCGUGGUGCGUCUCUUCGGAGAAGAUCAAAGCAGCCGAAACGACCAACGCGCGGUCCGUUUCCGUGAUGGCGAUGACGGUGAUCAAGGCCACCAAGGACAGGGUCAACGCGACCGAGGCAAUCAACCCCACCACGAUACGAUUUGGUCGAUCCUCACCGGGCAUAGUCACACGACCAGCUCUCUCACGUGUGCAGCCUCGGUCUCAAUGGAAGCGGACGGGAACGGACGGACGAUGUUCUGCCUAGUGUUUGAAAUGCUGGAGAAACAAUUUAGGCGGGGAGUGGGCGAGAAGAAGUUUAGGGAGCUACUGUCGCCCAAGUCGAUGACCUUGAAAUCGUCUAGCACAGACCAGGAGCAUUCGAUUUCUCCACUGGCGGGGGCUGUCUUCAGCAGCAACUGGGUGCUGUUUCGGGAGGUGUACGACCGCUACGAGAAGUUAGCCGGCUGCUGCUGGCAGCGUGAAACAGUGUUGAAGCAGAUCCCGCAAGGUCCUCCCCAUGGCCGCUCCGUGCUCAAGGAUGAGGAACUGCACGAGUAUCACGACAACAUACCACCGCUUAUCACUCGCGGGGCUUGGACCAUCCCUGCAGUCAUGUGGCCUGACAUCGUCAAGGCUUACAAACGGGGCGAGCCAGAUGACCGAGAGGGAUAUUGCUGCUGCGGAAGGCAACAUCAACGACUGCUUUCGUGGAGGGAUGAUUUUAAGCACUAUUCCCGACGAGGAGCCAAGGUCGCGGCGAAGCGGGGCGACUUCACAGCUCUCAGGGAGUUGGUGAACGAGGGUUUUCCUCUGCACGAUGAUCACAUGCCUUUUUUGCUGGAAAAUAUCGGAGACCAUGAGCACGACGUCAUUGACACUAUAUUGGCGGCAGUUGCCAGUACAAGCAAUCCGUUCGCGAUGGCGGCUGGAGUAUCAAGGACGCUGCGGAUGAGCAAAGUCGACUUCCCGAUGCAUUCAGAGGGCCUCGGCCGUCUACAGAGCAUCAUGGACGACUUCACGAGCAAGGUGCUGGAACAGCUCCCGCAGACGGUGCGAGGGAUGGGGGUGGCGCUCCUCGGGGGGCAUCAGCCCAUUGUAUUCGGUGAGGGCCUUGAGCAGGGGAAACGCCACAGACUCACCAACCUGGCAGGCUUCAUCGUCGUGCAAUGGAUUCUGGAGCCGAACCUCCUGGUUGGAAAGAUCAACACCCAGAAGAAGUAUGCUGGGCCGGACUACCUCGACCCUCUACGGCGAGCGUUGGACAGAGGUUCUGAAGCCCUGGACUUCCUCAACACCCCCCUGGUGAAGGACUACGUGCACAUUAAGUUCGCCUGUACCCUCCCUUCCUGGACGUCGCGAAACCCUUUUCAGCCCACCGUCAAUGAAGGUUUUUUCAAGUACGACGAUUUCGACACAUACCCGCUAUCGGAAGUAUUUUCGGCCCCUGACGAAAACCUUGGGUCGAAAGACGAAGAGUCCCGGGGUCUGAAGGCAGCUCUGAAGGAGCAGUUCCUGACCAAGUCCUUCCUGUUGAGGUUUCUCCAGGGUUGGGACCACAGAGACAGCCUUCUGAAGUGGAAUAUCCCGAUAGGUGAUAUACGGUUUGCCAGCAAGAAGUUCAAGAGCGAUACCCGUGCCUCCAACAAUGCCCACGACAACGCCCAGGACAGCACCCAGGACAACUCUCAAGACAAUGCCCAAGACAAUGCCCCUGGGUGCUGCGGCGGACGCUUCAAAAGCAUCAUCCCGUCUUGGUUGCUCUGCUGUAACGGAAAUGUCUCGGGCAAUGCCGCCAACAACGCCCCCGAUAAUGCCCGCGGCGACGCCCACGACAGCAGUGCCCACGGGUGCUGCGUCGGACGUUUCGAAAGCAUCAUCUCUUCCUGUCGUCAACCACUCUGGUUUAAUGACAAACCGAAGAGGUGGACAAUUCCGCACAGCACGAUUUUGCCUGGACUGCAGUUUUCUCUGGCAGGAGUACUGGGAAAACCGGAAACUUUCUACCAGGUCCCGGCGAUUCGUUUCGUGUUUGAGAUCUUCACCUAUCUAUACGUCUUCUACGACACGUGGAACUUUCUCGACACGUCGACAAUCGGCUGCCUCCUCGUCACCUUCGUCUUUCGGAUGAUUGCUCUUGAUGACGACUUCUUCUUGUUCCACGCUCAGUUUUUCUACGCCGCCAGCGCGCCUCUUCUUUUCUCGAGGCUGCUCGUGCUGUCGCAAAUCGACGCCACCUUAGGGCCGAUGACCCAGGUCAUCUGGAGAAUGAUUUCGGACACGCUGCGGUUUUCGGCGUUCAUCUCGGUGGUCAUGCUAAGCUUCGCCCUGGCCUUCCACGCGGUCUUCCAUACCUGCGGGGAGUUCGAAGACCCUACGUGCAACACCAACGACGACCCUGACUUCCCCCUUCGCGACGCCUUCGGAACCUUCGGCCGUUCGUUCGUGACGGUGUUCUCAGCCGCGCUUGGAGGACCGGACUUCGAGCUCUACGAGGCCGCGGGUAGCGAAUGCAGGUGCAAGCUGCCUGACGGCGCCCAAGAAGCGGGGAUUUUCUUGAUGGUGGUGUACAUGGUGAUAAUGGCGGUGGUUUUGCUGAACCUGCUCAUCGCUGUGCUCAGCACCGCACACAGUAAGGUGUACGACAACGGCGACAAAGAGUUCCAUCUCGCGAGGGCGAAGUUGAUCUACCAGAGUGCGCGCGUUGUAACACGCCGUCGCCCUCCUCCUCCGCUUAACUUGGUGAAGGUCGUGCUCGGUACCCUGAUCGAUGCCACGACCGAGCCUGUUCGAUUCCGCCGGUGGAUGGUAAGAAACCCUCCCGAGGACGAGAACGAGGCCAACCCUGCUGAUGGCGCUGGUGGAGGAGGUGGAGGUGGUGGUGGUCAUGAGAAUGAUGCCGUGGAGGGAGAAGCUGAGGGUGAUCAAGGAAACAUUGGAGGUGGUAGUCCCGGCGAUUGCCCCAUCGCUGGCACCCCGGGCGACGAAUUUAUAGCGUGGACACAAACACAUGAAUGGAGGACGUUUGAAGGGGGAGUCCAGAGGGUCUUGUUCGCCUUCACAUUUGGCGCUGCCGCUAUCGUGAUGUCAGCCAUCCUGUGGACGCUGUCCGUGCCGUGGGUUGCCUGGUGCCUCUUGCGGUUGGCUCAUCCGGUGGUUGAAAAAAGAGCCGAAAACCUUGAGGAUGAAGAAGACGACACAAAUCAGGGGCUGGGCGACAUCGAGGAAGAAGAGGAGAUGAAAGAGAAGGUGCAUCCUGGAUACUUCAGGCGUAUCUUCAUCACCUUCCUUUGGUCGGCGGUUCUAGUCGUAGCAACCGCAGUCGCAGCCAUCUUGUGCGCCCUUUACAUAUUGUUCUCCGUUGUCCUCUGGUUUGUCGGGCUCCAUAUGAUCUACAAAUGGGUAAGGACAAACUGGACGCCGGAAAGCAACGACCGCCCCAGGGCCAUGCCAGGCCAAGAGGAAGGGGACCAUUGGCAACGUGCAUGGGAUCUCGUCAGUCUGCGAAAUCACGGGGUCCGCGAAGACUUCGAUCAGGCACACUUCAACGUUCUCCCGUUCUUGAAGAGCAAGACGGGCUUGGACAGGCAACACCUGGCAUGGCUUACCAAGGCCCGAGAUGACAAGGCAAAGUCCGAGGAGGACCUGAUCGAUGGCGACCGGGAGCUCCCGGGCGCCCGCAUUGACAUGGAACAUCUGCGUAAGGAGGCAGUGGGGCGCAACAACGGUGAUGGCGGAAAGGAUAGCGGCGAUGGCGGGGAGACGAAGGAAGCGGUAGGAAGUGGUGGUGGUGGUGGUGGUGCUCCUAGCCCGGAAGUGCAGGGUGGGGCGGUUGGAGAUGGUGUCUCUGGGGCAACCAGUACAGCAGCCGCUGGUAGUGGCGGUGCCAAUGAAGGUACGACUCCCCGGGCGGUUGCAGGUGGUGGUGCUGCUAGCCCGGAAGUGCAGGGUGGGGCGGUUGGAGAUGGUGUCUCUGGGGCAACUAGUACAGCAGCCGCUUGUUGUGGCGGUGCCAAUGAAAGUACGACACCCAGUGGAGCAAGCUCCCCUGCUUCUACAACUUCUACUUCGAUUGCCGCCGAUGCGGAAUCUGGUGGACCGGCUGUGGAUAAAACAAGCACAGCGGCCACGUUGAACGACGACAAGGCAACCGGAAGUGGUGACACUGGUGGCCACGAUUCUGCAGAGCACGUCCAGCCCAGCAAAGGAGGCCCCAGCUCGACGUUAGACGGAGAUACCAAGAUGGGCCCCGUGAGGGUCACAGGUUCUGCCGCCGUGGUUACAACCGGCAGCAAUGGAGGCAGGGGUGGCGGUGGUGGUGAUAGGGGUAAUGCUCGCGGUACUGGUGCCCAGCCAACAACUGCCGAUGAUGUCGCCGCUGAAUCUGCUGAUGAUGAUGAUAGACUUGGUGACGACGGAGAUUUGGUUGACAGCGACGAAGAGCUACGUAGGCUGGAGGUAAUGGUGCGGCGCUUGCGCGACAAAUGGCGAAAAAGGAGGGGUAAAGAAGGCCGCAACAGACAGGACCGAUAGUCGGAAGGAGAGAUACAUUUGGUGCCAGCUUUGGUGAAAAUACGGACGAUACUGAAGCUUUGGGGGUUAGUCUUGGCCGUGAUACUGGCGCAUGUCAGUGAAGUCGAUAUAUUUUUUGCAAAGGUGGGGUAUGUUUUUGUAGUGUUUCUGAAGGGCGCAAUCUAUAUACUGUAGGUUUAGGGCGCCAACAUGAUCGGUUUGAGUGCUGCGUCGUCUUCCAACGACACCGAGUAAGUGAAUGUAUGUAUACCUUCGUGAUGAUCGAUAUCACCUCGCGAGCAAGUUUUGGAUGUGUGGCCGCUCUACUUAUCUUGUGUAGACGGGAGUGAAUGGUCAAUAAGAACGCCACACCGCCGGAGGGUGGUCCCAAAGCUGAUCCGACAAAGUCGAGUCCGCUCUUUGGGCGAGAAACCUCCUGAAGGAAAUAUUGUAAAUGUUGCUCACAACUAUUACUAGGGUUAAGGAUUGGCCCCCCGCCCCCCAAUGGGGCUGGGGGCCAACAUCCAGGACGGAUGGUGGUGAGUGUCCGGGAGGAAGGGAAGAAGAAGAAGGGGAGAGGAUUUCUAGGGGCGGGAAGAAGGGACCACGGUGUUGGGAGAGGCAAGGAAGUGGUGAAGAAUUUCGGCAUUCGACAAGCGCGCGGUCCCGUCGGGGGUGAAAGGGACAUGUCAGUCCGUGGUUUUGUCUACCGGAAUCGAAA